CCCGUCCGUCCCUUUCCAUCUCGUCGUCCUCUGACUUUGCCAUGUUCCGUGCACAGCUGGCUGCUAGCAGGAGCGCCUCGCGCAGGCUCUACAGCUCACGCGCUGUACAGUCGUCGUUGCUUGCUUGCACUCGCGCUGCGCCCCGGGCUGCACCUCGGUCUGCCUCGCUACCCAAACGCAUUCCCUCAUUGAACUCUUUCGUUCAGCACCGGGGUUAUGCCGUCUUUGACCGGACAAAGACGCAUAUGAACAUUGGUACUAUCGGUCACGUUGACCACGGCAAGACCACCUUGACUGCCGCUAUCACCAAGGUUCUCUCCGAGAAGGGCGCUGCCAAGUUCACGGACUACUCCCAGAUCGACCGUGCUCCCGAAGAGAAGGCUCGUGGUAUCACGAUCAACUCCGCACAUGUCGAGUAUGAGACCGACACACGGCACUACGGCCAUAUUGACUGCCCGGGACACGCUGAUUACAUCAAAAAUAUGAUCACCGGUGCUGCGCAGAUGGACGGCGCUAUCAUCGUGGUUUCUGCGACGGACGGUCAGAUGCCCCAGACUCGCGAGCACUUGCUCCUCGCGCGUCAGGUCGGUAUCAAGCGUCUCGUGGUAUUCAUCAACAAGGUCGAUGUCAUCGACGACAAGGAGAUGCUCGAGCUCGUUGAGAUGGAGAUGCGAGACCUGCUGAACCAGUACAACUUCGAGGGUGACGACACCCCUAUCGUCAUGGGCUCUGCCCUCGCCGCCUUGGAGGGACGCGACCCGGAGAUUGGUGCGAACAAGAUCCACGAGCUUGUGAAGGCUUGCGACGAGUGGCUGGAUGUUCCUUCCCGUGACCUUGACAAGCCCUUCCUCAUGGGUGUUGAGGACGUGUUCUCUAUCGCCGGCCGUGGGACUGUCGCCACUGGUCGCGUCGAGCGCGGUCAGGCAACGAAAGGCACGGAUGUGGAAAUCAUUGGCUUCGGUCAGAAGAUCAAGUCGACUCUUACCGGCAUCGAGAUGUUCCACAAGGAGCUUGAUAAGGCGCAGGCCGGCGACAACAUGGGUGCUCUUCUUCGUGGUGUCAAGCGCGAGCAGAUCUCCCGUGGAAUGGUCAUCGUUGCGCCUGGCUCGAUGAAAUCUGUGAAGAAGUUCCAGGCACAGAUCUACGUCAUGACCAAGGACGAGGGUGGACGGUACACUCCUUUCAUGCACAACUAUCGGCCACAAAUGUUCUUACGGACGGCUGACGUGACUGUUGGCUUGUCCUUCCCCGAGGGCACCCCUGAUGCUACGGAGAAGAUGGUCAUGCCCGGUGACAACGUCGAGCUCGUAUGCGACCUUGUUCAUGAUGUCGCAGCGGAUGUGGGAACCCGCUUCACCCUCCGUGAGGGUGGCAAGACCAUCGGUACUGGCAUCAUCACCAAGAUCAUCGAGUAUGCGUAAAGCAUGCCACCCGCUUCCGCUGUUCUACCGACGUGCUGAACGUGGAUAGAAUAUCGGACCUCGUAGUCAUCGUACAUUACAUUACUUAUCAUUUCUGCUCUCGCUCUUGCAUGCACGUACACCCCGCUCAGCACCUACAAUAGAACCAUGCUCUCAAUGC